AUGCUCGUGCAAAAGCCCUCUGAUGGUGGCAAACAGUGUCCUCACACAUUCUGUGAAGCGUGCGUUCAAGCAUUGUGUGGCGAAACAUGGGAUGCUAUUCGAUCGGCAGAGGCUGUAUUCUUGGGACCCAAUCAUUCGGUGCUUGAACAUUGCAACGAUCGCUCUUAUACGUGGGCGUGUCCAAUCUGCAGGAUUAUGUCAGUGCACCUAUUGCUGUUCAUCCCAGUCAAGCGAAUCACGAUCACUCUGCUUUAUGAAGAAGAGGAAGUGUGGUGUCGUAUACACCUCCGUGAGUGGAUGUUUCGGUUCGGCGACAUUAUUGAAAUGGAGCCUCGUAUCAUUGCUAGCGUUCAGAAUGUUCAGGGCGAUUGGCGAAUCAAGCGGCUGGCGGUCUAUGUUGUAUGGAAACUGUUGACGAACCUAAGUAUGGGCUGGAUCCAAACCGAUGAUCCUGGCACGCGUCGUGCAUCAAAGAUCCUGAAUGCGUGGAUAGAGGAAGAAGGAAUCAUGGAAAUGAACCAUCCUGAGCGUGGAGAAGCUCUUCUAGAUAUUUUGACUCGGAAAGGUCUCAGCAAGUCACAAUGGCAAACCUUAGGCGAUAUGCUGAAAGAUAGCGGUUGCGACAAUGUGCCAACGGAAUGCUGGAAGGCAGACCGACACCGCGAUUUAUCGUCGUUGGAGAAACUGAAAAUGAUUCAGUUGUGUUUGGACAUUUUGCUACUGGAGCUUCGUAUCCGACAUGCGAUCAAUGACGCGCCCAGAAAAUUGAAGCAAGUUGAUACGGAUAUCAAGCAACAGCGUCGGCUCUUUCAGACCGAGGAAACAAAGAAUAAAGUCAAGCGCAACCAUUUGACCAGCCGCGUAAGCCAACUUGAAGCGGUGCGAAAGGAUCAUGAGGCACGGGAAACCCGGAUCGAACUGGAAACGCUGGACGUCGAGAUUCGUGAUGCCCGCAUGACUUUUGAAAAGAAGGAACUGGAAGCGAUGGUGGCGAAACUCAAAGCCGUGUGGCGAUUCGAGCUGGCGGGCAAAGAUGGUUGUGGUAAUCAGUACUGGAUACUGAGUGAUGUUCUUACCCCUCAAUUGGACAAGUUGCAUCAUCAAGAUCUCCGCAACAGUGAGCCUUACUGGGCGUACGGUGUAAUUGUCAUUGGUCCGGGCUACACUAACGAAGCCGACAAGAGCAAUGGCUGGUGGGCCAUUCACGGUAUUGGCGCGUUAACCAAACUUGCAAAGUGGAUCGUCACCGACGGCCGCAAACACGAUUAUGACCCGAGUCAGCUCAAAACCGCACUUUUGGAACGCGUGCGGUACUUGCAAGCUCUCGAAUGGAUUGCCUAUGGGCAAGGCUUCUUUUCCUAGCAGCGAUGUGCGUCCUUUAUAUUUCUUCUUCAUUGUUCACUUCAAGCACACGGUGCUUUCAUAUUCCAUGAUACAAAUUCCAUAUGCAUAGUCCCACUUGGCAUUUACUUCUCAUUCAUCCAAUGUUUUUCUUGUUUUCCUCUUUUUUUUUUUCUUUUUCGGCA